CGCAGCAAAUGUGUUUGUUGCAGCGUACAAAAUAAAAGCCCGCAGCAACAACCCGACUUUAUUGCAGCAUACAUGUUAUUGCCCGCUGCAACAAGUCCGCGUUUCAAAAUUUUUUACUUUCCUAGGUUGCAACAAACCGCGCUCAAACGUACGUUGUUCCUUUUCUGCUAGCUCCAAGCUUUUUCCCUUAAACAAAUAUCCAAGCAAGCCGUCGAACUCAGCCGUCGAACUCAGCCCUGCGUCGCCGUCGAACUCAGCCCUGCGUCGCCGUCGAACCCAAGCGUUGCUCAGCCCUGCGUCGCUGUCUUCGCCGGUGUGUGGUGUUCUCGCCUCAUCUCCCCCAUCCCGUUCAAUUCUCGCGCGGCCUGUCACUGAAAGAUAUAUUCUUGGUCGGCCGGGGGUUCAGCAUCUCCCCGUCGCGUCGUGGUUCCGGUGGUUGCUCGGCGUCGUGGUUCCGGUGGUUUCGAUCAUGACUGAGCAGAACCGCCGUGAGAUCAGCAAGUACCUCUUCCAAGAGGGAGUUUGCUUUGCAAAGAAAGAUUAUAACUUGGCAAAGCACCCUGACAUUGAUGUCCCGAAUCUGCAAGUGAUCAAGCUGAUGCAAAGCUUUAAGUCCAAGGAGUAUGUGAGGGAGACCUUUGCUUGGAUGCACUACUACUGGUUCUUGACCAACGAGGGUAUUGAAUUCCUUCGUACUUACCUCAACCUUCCCUCAGAGAUUGUCCCUGCUACCUUAAAGAAGCAGAUGAAGCCUGCUGGCAGGCCAAUGGGCGGCGCACCUGGCCCACGUGGGGGAUCGCGAUUUGAAGGAGACAGGCCUAGAUUUGGUGAUAGGGAUGGCUACCGUUCUGGACCUCGUGGUGAAGGUGAUUCCGGUGACAAGGGCGGUGCUCCUGCUGAUUACAGACCAUCAUUUGGGGGUUCUUCUAGUGGUAGGUCAGGCUUUGGUCGUGGAGCUGGAAGCUUUGGUGCUGGACCAACAAGUUCAAAUCUUUCUUGAAACCAUAAACUUCUAUGAAUAGGACUAUUCCAAUUUUGAAUGUCAUGACUGUUUUUGAUUGAGUUGAAGAGAAAUACAAUACAAUGUUUUGCAAGAGGCUUCCUUAGACUAACUACAUGUACUUUGACUUCUUUAAUUUAGUUUUUUUUUCCCUUUGGUUGGUAGAUGAUGUGAAUACUCAAGUGAUCAUCUGCUUGGCCACCAUUUUCAGAUUUUGUUUAUUGAUACCUUUUGCUUCAUGGAAAAGUUUACAUGUUAGGCUUUGCCAUUAUCUCCUA